GCGAGUGUGGAUUGCCAACCAGUCAAAUUCUUUUUGAACUGACAGACGCAGAGGGGCUGUAAAUCAGAAGGCACUUUUUGAACAUCUGAAACACUACUUUGUAACUCAUCCAAACAGAGCACAAACUGAAACAUUUUGAAUGAAACUAACUAUGUCCCCGCUGAGGAGCAUACUAAGGCAAGGACAUUUCAUCACACUGGUGCUGCUGUUAUGGACCGCUGCGGAGGCGCAGAGAGGCUGUCCACUGAAAUGCUCUUGUCCUUCCUCGCCCCCCUCGUGUCCUCCUGGUAUCAGUUCGGUUCUGGACUCUUGUGGGUGCUGUCGGGUCUGUGCCAGGCAGUUUAACCAAGACUGCAGCCCUGCCGAGCCCUGCGACCACAUCAAAGGACUGCGCUGCCACCUAAAGGCUGAUGGAGACCCCAACAGAGGCUUGUGUAGAGCUGAGGCUCAGGGUCGCCCUUGUGAGCUGGAUGGACGGGUCUAUCAGCACGGCGAGGACUUUCAGCCAACUUGUGAGCAUCAGUGCACGUGUGUUGAUGGAGUAGUCGGCUGCGUCCCACUGUGCCCACAACACAUCUCUCUACCCGACUGGCGCUGUUCCCGCGGCCGCCUCACCAAACUGCCCGGCCGCUGCUGCCAGGAGUGGGUGUGCGAUGAUGACAACCGCAUUGCCGAAGUGGGGCCGUUGCCUGACGCACAUCCACAAAAGCACACAGACAUAACAGGCAACGAGUUACUUGUAGCUCCAUCUAUUUCUUGGGACAGCAGUGCAACAGCCCCUUAUCAAGAGUGGAUUUCAUCCUCUGAGUCCCACCCCAUCCUUCCACCCACCUGCUUACUGCAGGUCACUGAUUGGUCCCCGUGCUCAGCCACCUGUGGAAUGGGCGUGUCCAGCCGUGUAACCAAUAGUAAUCCUGAGUGUCGGCUCGUCAGUGAAACAAGGCUCUGUCAGAUACGAGAGUGUGGCAUAAACUCUGCACCAUCACUGAAGAAAGGAAAGAAGUGUCAGAGAACCACACGAUCACCAAAACCUGUGCAGAUCGUAUUUGCAGGAUGCUUCACUGCUCGCCGCUACCAGCCUCGUUCAUGUGGAUCCUGCUCAGACGGUCGCUUCUGUGUUCCCUCUGUGACACGUACAAUCCCUCUACACUUUCACUGUCCCGAGCCAGAACGAGACGAUUUUACCCGCAACGUCAUGUGGAUACAGCGCUGCAGCUGCAGUCAAAGAAACAGCAGACAGGGCCUGUCAUCACAAGCAGAGUUCUUCAGUCUGCCAAAUGAUAUACACACAUACGCACACUGACUUCAGCUCAAGAGCACAUUCAAAAGCAUUUUAUCACUUUUCUAUCUACUGUACCAAAUUUUCUGUGGAAAUGUUUUAGCCCAGCAUUCAUUAUUACAACAGCAGUCUCAAUAUAGCAAUAAUAUGUGUAAAGCUUAGAAACGGGUUUGUCAUAGCUGUUUUAUCAGGUAUGCUGUAGUGACACAGGAGAUAAAUUAUGACUGUAAAGCAGUUGUUUGAGGUAAUCCAUACCAUAAUAUAGCACACACACACACACACAGUCUGGCAUAUGUGGUUUACGGGGACUCUCCAUAGGCGUAAUGGUUUUUAUACUGUACUUACUGUAUGUGCUAUUGUCCUACACCAACCCUACACCUAAACCUACCCCUUACAGGAAACUGUCUGUAUUUUUAGAUUUUCAAAAAAACACCAUUUAGUAUGUUUUUUAAGCCUUUUGGUUUACGAGGACAUAGGCAGUGUCCUCAUAAACCACCUUCACGUUGUAGUAACCAUGUUAUUAUACAGAUUUGUGUCCUCAUAAACCAUAUAUACCAGUUCACACACACACACACACACACACACACACAUUAAUAAUUCAAUAUUCAUGCCCUUUUGUUGUAUUCAUAAAAACAGAUUUACUGUAUAUAGUGUAAAUUAAUCCCACUGUACAUAUAUGAUGCUUUGUUUAUUUGUAUUUUAUAAUAUUUAACAGACUUCAAUUCUUGUGAAGUGUCAUAUUCAAACCUCAGUUUUUUGAGGUGAAUGGCAAAUAACAAAUAUGGAGCAAAUACAUUAUGUAUAAUUGUAAUAGUUUCAUUCUGUAAAU